AAUAAAAAGAUAACUUGACGUAAGAAUUUUGGUAUUUCAGGGAAAGAGAAAGAGAAUUAGUAAAAAGAUGAAUGGGAAGAAGAGAAGUCGAGAUAUUGAAGAAAUGAAUAGUGGAGCGAUACCUAAAUAUCCAAAUGCAGUUUUCCCUCUACCCACAAACCUUGGUUCCAGUAUCGGAGCAGCCCCAUUACAUGUAGAGGAGGCGGCUAUAUCAGAACGAGAGUCAUGUGACUACAGCAUUAAGAUCUCAUUGGCUGACGCUCAAGCCGGAAGAGCACCAAGACGUGUGCGAGUGUAUGCAGACGGCAUUUAUGAUAUGUUCCAUUCUGGUCAUGCAAGGCAACUCAUGCAAGCAAAGAUGGCCUGUCCAAAUACAUACCUGAUUGUUGGAGUUUGUAAUGAUAAUUUGACACAUAAAAUGAAGGGUCGUACAGUUAUGAAUGAGACGGAGCGUUACGAGGCAUUGAGACAUUGUCGUUACGUGGACGAGGUAGUCACAGAUGCUCCAUGGACAUGUACAAAUGAAUACCUCACACACCAUAAGAUUGAUUUUGUUGCUCAUGAUGACAUUCCGUACACAGCAGGGAACACAGAUGAUGUUUAUAAAGAUAUUAAGGCUAGAGGAAUGUUUUUAACGACACAACGAACAGAAGGUAUUUCUACAACAGAUGUUAUAGCAAGGAUUAUAAAAGAUUAUGACAUGUAUGUUAGACGAAACUUACAGAGAGGGUACACUGCUAAAGAACUUAAUGUCAGCUAUAUGAAGGAGAAGAAACUACAGUUCACAGAGAAGGUGGAUAAAUUAAAGCAUAAAGGACGCGAGUGGAAAGACAAAGGAAAAGAAUGGCUCGACAACUGGCAGGACCGCUCUAAUGAGUUCAUUGGCAACUUCCUCACAUUGUUUAAUCCUGAUGGCAGAAUUGGUAACUGGAUGAAGGAAAGUAUUCGCGCCAUCUCACCAACUAUGGAACGUCAAGAAGAGGAAAACACUUCUUCCAAUAGUUCGUCACCUACCAGUCCAUCUGCUAAACGUGUGCGACCUUCCAGCCCUGUAAACUUUGGUGUCGCCAAAGAAUUAGACUUUGAUGUUUCAGAUGAUGAUGAACAAUUUCAAGAUGUUGAUGAUGACGACGAUGAUGACAUUUGAAUUCAAGAAAAUGUUUUUUUUACCAAGCCUUAAAGAAUAAAUUUGAAUAGUUUUCCAAGCUUUGAACAAGCUGUAUUCAUAUCUAAUCAUCUGCCAAGGAAAAGGGUGAUUUAUUAUUCAGCUUAAUUUUAUAUAAAUACAUAUUUAUUUAUAAUUCAUAUUUGCAAUAAGGUUAUAUAAAUGCAUGAAUACAUCUUAUGCUGUGUUUGGGUAUACAUCUCAGACAUAUUUGUUAAUGUGUUCAAAGCAUUAGAUGGUCAUUUCUAUAAAUUUGAUGAAUGGCCGAGAGAUUUUAUUUUAUACUAUGCUUGAAUUAAUGUUUUAGAUAUGAUUACAUUUGUAGAGAUAAUUCAAUAUUUUUAAAAUGAAAAUAAUUUUUGGGUCAAUAUUGAUAAGAACAAAUGCAGAAAUUAAAAAAUUGAAUUGACUGAAAAGGGUUAGGCAGGGGACUUUGUCGGGUUUUUUUCUCAAGACAAUCUUUUUAUAAUUGAUGUUUUGUUGUCUUUUUAUUGCCCCUCUAUAUUCGUUAACAACUGUAUUUAUAAUUUUGUUAUAUAGAUCUAUGAUAAGAUAGUAGACAAACCAAGCUUUAAAUUGUAAUAAGAGAUAUUCCAUGAUUUUAUUUUUUCUUGAUUGUUAUUAAAUACUAUAUACAUAUCUGUUGCUAAUUAUAAAGUUUAUUCUAUUAAGGAUCCAAGCAUGACAUGAUCUUUUAUUCUAGCUGCAAUUUAUAUGAUGACCUUAUUUCUUGUUGUUUUUUUUAAAUAAAUAUCUUAUUCCCCUUUAUCAGUAUUAUAGUUAUUUUCAUAUUUUUUGUUACAAAAUUUUAACUUUUUUAUUAAAUUUUUAGGCCGUCUUUUUUGAAGAAAAAGUCGGGCUACUAUGAUCACUGCAUCUUGUUGUCUUUGUUAAAAACUUUUAUGUAGCCCAUUAUUCAAACUUUUCAGAAGUUAUCAAUAAACUUGGAAUACUUGCUUAUCUUGACAAGUUGCUGUUGUUAGACAAGGGACAAAAUUCUGAAAGCAAUAACUUUGGAGUUAUGCCCCUUUUUUACUUAGAAUUUUCAACACUGACUGCAUGUGGUGUUCUUGUUUUUGUUUAUAUUUCUUGAUGUCAUGUAAAAUAACACUUUGAAUUGGUUAAAUUGUUGUUGGGGAAAAAUUACAACUGAAUUUUAUUGACACAUAUUUAUAAGAUGUGAAUAUUCAAAUAAGUUAAACAUACAGAGAUUUUAAAAUAAUAUGUCAUUAAACAUGAAGUGUUUACUUACAUUUUUUUUUUUUUUUCAUUUUAGUCGAUUAAAAUAGGUGCUACAUACAUUAUAUGGUUGUAUACUGCUUUACACUGUUGUAUUUAUAGUUCUGUACAUGUACAUAUUUAUACUUUGUUUGCCAGUAAGGUUAACAAACCUAAACGCACAAUCAUUAUUACUAUUUUAAACAACUAGUCUCUAAAUAGAUUAUCUGUGAAGACUUACAUAGUUUCUUCUCUAAACUUUUGUAUUUAUAUACAUAAUGUAUUCUAUGUAUUCUACCAUGUUUUGUGAACUGUUAAUUUAUUUCUUCAAUCUUGCCUCUACAUAUGAAUGUGCCAUUAUUCUAAUUAUAAUAAUAUAAUAGAUUUGUAUUUGCAUGUAUAUGUCAUAGGUCAAGAAAAAUUACCAUUUAUUAGGGUAUUAGCUAGUUAUCAAGGCUAACAUCUUCUAUUUUCUAUGCUGUUUAAAGGCUUAGACUGCAGUAAUGGGUUAAGUCCUUUUAAAUUAUAAGUUAUGUAACUGGUUACCACCACCAGUAUAGAGACUAGUCAACCUGCAGGUCAAUAAAGUCUUACCAGCCUGCUUGAUUUUAGUACUUUGAUAUUCAAAUACAAUGUACCUAAUUUUAUCAUGUUGAAGGCGGAUUGAUGGUGUAAUUACGAUGAUCCAUUUAUUUCUCAUAAUUUUGUUUCGAUGUAAAUGAGAUCAGGGUCUGAAGACUUUAUUUAAUUUCGUCUCACAGGACCAUUAAUUUUAAGAUUGAAAUCCAUUUAAAGAAAUUCAAUUCAAAAAGUUUUCAUGUUAAAUACAAUCAAGGUUAAGCAUAUGCUUUUAAUUGCUUAGUUUUACGAAAGAUGAAGAUAGUUUUUUAAUUACACAAUGCAGUGCAUUCUGACAUAUAUCAUUUUAUUAUUUUGUUAAAUGUAAUUGAAAUUUUACUGUUGUUAUAUAUUUGUAUAAUAUGACCAGUAUAUUUAAUGUGAGUCAUGGUUUUCUGUUGAAUGAGACCAAACUUUUUGUACUAAUUGUUUUAUUGUUAUGAAAGAACAUUUACAUAUUUGACGUAAAAAGAAGCAAAACAUUGUAUUUUAUAUGUCAUACAAAUAUAUGUAUGCUAAAGUAUUUACAUAUAUAAGAAAUUUUGCAUAUGUGUUAUGCACAUUUGACUAAUUAUGAGAUAUGCAUCCAGAAGUUGAAUGAAAUCUUCAUUAGGUAAUAAUGGGAAGAAAUGUUGAUCCUGAUGUCAUUUUUCAUGCAUGACUAAAUACUUUAAAUGAAAAUAAACUGAAAGAAAAGUUAAAGAAAAAAUAAAGUUAUCUUUUUUUUUUGGGGGGGGGGGGGGGACAUGUGUUCUGAUCUAGAAAACAUACAUAGGGUAAGAAUAACGUCAUGUUUGCAGGAUGUGACAUAACAGUAUGACAGUAUGUCGACAUGCAAAGAUAAGAGUUUUGAUAGAAUUUAAUACAAUUGAAAUAUUUCUAUAUUAUAUAUAUUUCUAUGAUAACUGUGUGGUUUUGAAGUUUAAUUUUUAAAUGAAUUGAAACAUUUCUUGUGCUGGAUGUUUCUUUUUCGUAGCUGUGAAAUAGAAAAAACACAAUAUAACAUUGAUUAUUUUAUGAUGUUUUGCAAAGAAAUGGUAUCUAUAACUAUAUUUGAAAUUGUGUUUGUGAGACAUUCAAUUUUGAUAAAAUAGUAUAAUAACAUCUAUCAGUGAAUUUGUAAAUAUCUGAACUUGUAAUAACAACCUAUAUAUGGUAAAUGUUGUGCAUCCAUUAUUCUGAAAUCCCUUAAUGUACUUGUGUUCAUAUUGACUUUUCCAAGCAAGUUCUCUAAAACAUAAUACAGUGCAAUAAGUUUUCUGAAUAAGCUUUGAAUGAUCAAUUCAUAAACAAAAAUGAAUUUAUGUUCAAUUAAGAUCUAUUCAUGUAGUACAUUUUUCAUCUUUCAUCAUGUAGUUGUCAGAGAGGUUCUAAAACUAUGUCUAUU